GGAGACAGGGGUGCAGGUUUUUCUGCCUCUCUGCUCAACCUGUUGAUGCGACUCUGAAACAAUCCUUCCAGUCUCUGUCUCGUGAUCUUCAGUUCACCUGGGGCGGGCAGGAGCAUGGGCACGGUCUCAGGAUAGGAGGCCGACCAAGCUGCAGGCAGAAAACUUUCAGCGGCAGAGAAUCAGGACGACUUUGAGGACUCAGAUUUAACUCCUGAAGAAUUAAAGGAGACUCGACCUCGAGUAUCAAAGCACUCCUCACAGAGCGGGAUCCCUGCCUUCACCGAACAUGGCCUCCUCAACACCUCUGCACACUCCUCUCCUCCCGCUGCUCCUCCUCCUCUUCAUCCCUCUCUCGUGUCUCUGUCAGACAACAAACAGCAGCUCAGCCAACGCCACAACCGGCACCCAAACCACCGCUGCUCCCUCCUCCAAUGAAACGUCCCUGAAAGGCGUGCCCGGCUGCGGCAAAGGCCUGAACCCGAUCUACAGAUACCUGUGUGACCGCCGGGCGGCGUGGGGCAUCGUCCUGGAGACCCUGGCCUCCGCAGGGUUCCUGUUCAGCAUGAUCCUCCUCUUCAGCCUGCUGCUCUGGUCCAUGUGGGUCUGCGUCUCGUCCAAGCAGCAGCGCAGCAGCAUCGGCGGCACGGUGGCGUCCAUGUCUCUGUUCCUGCUGGCCACCGCCGGUAUCUUCGGCCUCACCUUCGCCUUCAUCGUCCGCCUCACCGCUCAGACCUGCCCCACCCGGCUCUUCCUCUUCGGCGUGCUCUUCUCGCUGGCGUUCUCCUGCCUGCUGGCCCGCUGCCUGGCUCUGCUGGGGUUCGCCGCCGCCCGGGGUUGGGGGGAGCUCGGCGUGGCUCUGGGGCUGUUCAUGGUGCAGGUCAUCAUCUGUACGGAGUGGCUGAUCCUGGUGUUGGUGCGGGACCAGAGGCCGUGCGCGUACCGGCAGAAUGAGUUCGUGAUGCUGCAGAUCUACGUGCUGUGCCUCCUCGCCAUCAGCCUGAUCCUGUCGCUGCGCUUCCUGUGCCGCUCCUGCUUCACGUACAGCUACAACUACAGCGGCGCCGCGCACCACCAGUGGAGGCUGCAGGCCGCGCUCCUCUUCUUCACCUUGUUCCUCUCCACCUGCAUCUGGGUGGUGUGGAUCACCAUGCUCACCUGGGGGAACCCCAAGGUGAACCGCCGGUCGCAGUGGGACGACCCGGUGCUCUCCAUCGCCCUGGUGGCUAACGGCUGGGUGUUCCUGAUGGGGCACGGGUUGUCCCAGGUCGCCUUCCUCUGCAGGGGCGAGGCAAAGUCCAGAGACGUUCCUCUGAGCUUCGCGGGGUGGACGAGUCCGAAUGCUGAAGUCCCGGGACUGAACAGCCCGAGGGAGGGGAAGGAAAACGGGAGCUUCGAGAACGAGAACGAGGCCAGACGAGGUCUGAGGAGCGACCCUUCGCUGCGAUCGCCCUACGAGUCUGGAUUCUCCAUGACAGACAUCGACCCCGACAAGGAUUACACCAUCCCCCGCCCUCAGACCACCAACUACCAGGAGCCGUACGACGAGUACUACGACCAGGAGGACUAGACGGUCUUCGUGUUUGGACUGAUUUUAAAGGAGACCCGGAGCCGAGGCCGACCCGGCUCAUGCACUAACUGUAGAAUACGCUUCUUUAGCUGUGAUGUUGUUGUGCUGCUGUAAAUAUAUUCAUGUGGUGUUCUGAGAAAUCUGGCUCACUGUAGAAUCCUCUGUCCUAAAAAGAAGAAUGAAACAGAGUGACUCAUCACCGCCGAGGCUGCCCGGCUUCAGAUAGUCCGUCCUCCUUCAGGCGAGGAAUCCACAUCACAAAGCAGAGAGGAAGUGUGUGUGUGUGAGAGUGUGUGUGUGUGUGUGUGUGUGAGCUGCUCUGUGAUGGAGGAUAAUUGCCCUGAGGUGAAAGAGGAGGCGUGAAACUGCUGCUCUGGUGGUGCCAAACUGCCGAGCAGGGCCGAGGCGUCUGCGAGGAGGACGAGGACGAGAGGGACAUUAGACGAGAUGAGACGCGACAGGAGGACGAGACGAGACCUGUCAGCACUUUGGAGACUCGCGUCGUCCCCGAUCAACAUCUUCAUUUUCUAAAAAGUUACAUUACACGAGUUUCUUUGAGCUGCUGCUGCUAGCUGCUGCUGCUGCUGCUGCUGCUGCAUGCUGCUGCUGCUGCUGUUGCUGCUGCUGCUGCUGCUGCGCACAAUCAAGGAAACAAGAGGAGGUGUCUGUGACGUCUCAGAGUCAGGAGGGUGUUUUCUUCAGUUUGAGUCGCUUUGAUUAAAAAGUUUGUUUUAA